UCUUUCCAUCUUCAACGAUGCUCUUCUCUUCACUGUUGGAUUAUUAUAUUUAAAAUUGGAUGAUUUGGUUUUACUCUUGGCAUUUGCUUAAGUAGUAGUGCAAGAGAUUCAAUUAGAUGUAGGCUAUGUUUGGAUUGGCUUCUUGAAGCCCCAAACUCACGUUUUAUUCCUUUAAACUUAAAAGUGGUCUUAUUUUCUUGUUUGGGUUUUUUCUCCAAAAUCAAUUCUACUCUCCUAGAAGCAAUUCCAAUAGAAGCUACAAUUCCUAGCUUUUGAGGGAUAAAUGAAUGAUCAGAAUGAGCAAUUGGACAACAAUAGAGAAGAAGAAGAUGGCAAUGAUGAUGAUGAUGAUGAAUUUUUUCAACAAGCUAGUUUUGUGGCUGCACUAAUUGGAGAAUACGCAGUAAGUCAAUUAUGCAAAGAACCAUGUAGAACUAGUGAAUUAAGCGGUCAUGCAUGGGUUCAAGAAAUAUUGCAAGGUAACUCCACUCGCUGUUAUGAGAUGUUUCGAAUGGAAAAACAUAUUUUUAAUUUGAUAUGCACUAAACUAGUUGAGCAUGGUUUAAAGUCUUCUAAAAGAAUGGGAGUUGAAGAAAUGGUUGCAAUGUUUUUAGUUGUUGUUGGACAUGGGGUAGGUAAUAGAAUGAUUCAAGAAAGGUUUCAACACUCAGGGGAGACUGUUAGUAGACAUUUUCAUCGGGUACUUCGUGCUUGUCUUAAGUUGUCUAUGAAAUAUAUUAAACCUGAAGAUCCUACAUUUCAUGAUUGUCAUUCAAAAAUAAAAAAUGAUCAACGUUAUUGGCCUUUUUUCAAGAAUGCUAUAGGAGCAAUUGAUGGUACUCAUGUGUCAUGUGUAGUUAAUGCCAACGAGCAAACCAGGUAUAUUGGAAGAAAGGGAUAUCCUACACAAAAUAUAAUGGCUGUAUGUGAUUGGAAUAUGUGUUUCACUUUUGUAUUAGCCGGUUGGGAAGGUACUGCCCAUGAUGCACGUGUAUUUGACCAAGCUCUCACAAAUGUGAACCUUAAUUUUCCACACCCUCCUCCUGGUUUGUUCUUUUUAUUACUACUAAUGAUUUUUUUUAUAAUAUUUGACUUCACUUUUAAAUGAUUAAUUUAUUUUUAUAGGUAAGUAUUAUUUGGUAGAUUCUGGCUAUCCAACACCAAUAGGAUACAUUGGUCCCUACAGAUGUGAACGUUAUCACCUUCCUGAUUUUAGGCGUUCUAACGGGUUCGCAAAUAAUAAUGAAGUAUUUAAUUAUUAUCACUCAAGUUUAAGGUGCACAAUAGAAAGAACUUUUGGAGUAUGGAAGAACAGAUUUGCAAUUUUGCGUUGUAUGCCCAAGUUCAAAUUUCAGACGCAGGUUCAAAUAGUCGUCGCAACAAUGACCAUUCACAACUUUAUUAGAAGGAAUGCAGAAAUUGAUGUUGAUUUUAAUCUUUAUGAAGAUGAAAAUACAACCAUUCACCAUGAUGAUUACCAUAUAUCGCCUAACUUAGAUCAAUCACAAGUUUUAAAUUUCGCUUCAUCAUUAGAGAUGGAUCACGUUCGCGACUCAAUUCGCAAUAA